UGUGGAAAUAAGGUCAAAGUGUAGUAUUUUGGUGUUCUCAGCGAGCACUCGAUCCUUCCCCACUGCCUGGCCAUCCCCAGCGGCACCUCACCAUUCACCUGCAUGACUCACACAGACUUUGCUUGACGGUCCUGGCAUUCCAUAUACAGAUCCCGCCCCAGCUGCUGGACACCAUUCAGUUCCCCGAGGAGUACAUGGGAGCCCUGCGAAUCACAAUGAUGGCGGUAGACAUCCGGAAGUGCUUCAAGCUGAUCUUUGAGGACGACACGUUUAGGCAGGUGGAUCUCUUCAACCCUAAGCCUAAGAGGAGCAGGAGAUUCUUCGCACUGAUCUAUGACUUCUUGGUGUUCACGGACAGCGUGUUCAAGGAAGUGGAGGAGCGGGAAGAAAAGGUGGGUGCCCUCGCUGAGCAGCGGGACAAGAUGAGGGCCAAGCUACACAAGAUGAAGCAGCAGAUCCAUGAGAGGAGGAUGGAGAACGAAAAGAAUCAGCUGGCGAAGGAAGAGGACAUGAGGAGAGCUGAAGCCAAGACGGAGGAGCUGCAGAGGUGCCAGGAGGAGAAGCUAGCUCUGAAGGCCCAGCUUGAUGCACUGGGACUCUCUCUGGCCAAGCUGGACAUAGCCAUAAAGGACACUGAGCUCAGGACCAUGGAGGCUGGCAGUGAGAAGCAGAGGCUGGAGGGCCUUGUGAUCCAGGCCAGCGAGGAACAGGAGAUCAAGAAGAGGGACGAGAAGUUGGCAGUGCUCAAGGAGGACAACCAGAAGAAGAAGGAUCAUCUGGCCCAGCUGCAGCAGAGAGCCAGCUUCAUCAAUACAACCAAGGAGAAACUGGACAAGCUCAUAGCAAUGCUGCAAGAGAUCCAGCAGGAAAAGUCAAAGGAGAACGUGAUCGCAGACGCCUACAUCAUGCCGAAGGAGAAGAAGGACAGCAGCCCCUCCCAGAAGACUAAGAAGACCAAAGUCUCACCACCAGCCCCCACACCUACCAAUCCACCAAGGAGGAGAUCAAGGACCAAGAACAGUAAUCUGCAAUUAACUCAGCAGCUCACAGCCUCAGAAACCAAGCUGCAACACAUCCACCAGGCGUGGGACCUCAAGCAGGACAGCCUCAACAAAGAGAUCAAGGAGCAGAAACAGGUUCUCGAGGACCUGGAGCGCAACCAGACGGAGCAGGACAUUGUGUGCAAGGAAGUGAGUGAUGACGUGGCUGACCUGGACGGGCAGAUCAGACAGUCCAUGGAGGAGAUCCGAACACCAACAUCAUGA